GACAAAAAAUGGAACACACCAGCAGUGUGAGGAGACCUGAAAGUGGCACAUGGCAUGGCAGAGUGUGGCGAUGGAGACAGCAGCAAUGGGAGGCCGUACAGGGACCCAUGAGAGACUCUGGACCUGGCAGCAGCAUGAGGAGGCGGUACAGGGGCCCAUGGCAGAUUAGGGGCCUGGCAGCAGCUAUGGGAGGCCCGUAAUCUGCCAGCACCCUAUGACAAAAAAUGGAACACACCAGCAGUGUGAGGAGACCUGAAAGUGGCACAUGGCAGAGUGUGGCGAUGGAGACAGCAGCAAUGGGAGGCCGUACAGGGACCCAUGAGAGACUCUGGACCUGGCAGCAGCAUGA